CUUGGCUAAAUCAUAACAAAUUUGUUCUCAAAAGAGGAUUGGGCAACGGGGCAAGUGUUUAAGAAGUAUGUUGGUAAAUAUUUUAAUAUUGAACUCGUUUCAUGCGGUUGUAUGUGGCGUGAUAAUCAUUAACAAAUCUCAAAAUGCCUCCAAAAUCGGCCAAAAAAGAGAAAUCUGUCUGGUGGCAAUGUGAUCAGUGCAAAACUCUAGUUCUUGUUUCGGAGCUGGCGAAGCACCAGUCGGACAAGUGCCGCAUUACGGAAUCUGCCAGCGGAUAUAUCACAAGCUCUGGGAUGUUCUGCAGCCGCCGGUUCGAGUGUGGCAGUUUGCAGGGAUUUGAAGAUUGGAAAGAUGUAAGCGAACAUCAGCUAAAUGGAUUGAUACUGUUCAGUAGAACAGUGAUGGAUAAGCUCAAGCUCGUUUUGGGAGACCUGGUUGAAAUCACAACCACGUGCAAAGAAGGUGAAACUAACAGUUUUGUUCGGAUGGCUUGGCCAAUCGAUGAAAAACAUGGUGCACGAGUCAUUAGUCCACAUACAGAUGAAGUCAAAUGUCCAGAAUUUUGUAUCGUAUCGGUCUCAAUUAGAUUAUUCAAACAAGCAGUCAAGGUGGUGGAAGAACUAGUUCUGAGUACGCAUGAUGAAACCGUUAAGGAUAAAGUGGUUAAGAAUGAGCGGGUUUUUCUGAAAUUGUUACAACGACAGUACAGGGGUAGAACGUUAUGUGACCAAAAUCUACUUCGCCUCAAGCUAUGUAACAAAACGAUUACAUUCACAAUAACGAGAGUCAAGCUGAGAACAUUGGAAGACAGUCAAAUUACGGAGCAGAUGAAAAAUUUGUUAUUGGACAAUAAGUAUUUUCAAAUGGAUCUUAAUUCUAAAAUUGGCAUCGAUUUUUGCCAAGACAAAGAACUAGCACCACUAUCGCAUGUGUUCUCGUUGGAUCAGAUUGGUGGACUCCAACACAUAGUAGACGAAGUCAUGGACAUCGCUAGAAUAGCAUUAGGAUUAACCAAGCAGACUGGUUCCGCUCCAAUUAGUCGAGGAAUUCUGGUUUAUGGUGUAUCCGGCGUAGGAAAAACUUUACUAGUCAAUUCUGUAGCCAGUUAUUUUGGAUGCCAAAUCAUAAGACUAAAUAGCACGGAAAUUUUCAGCAAGUUCUACGGCGAAUCCGAGAAUAAUAUUAUGAAACAGUUCAAUUUCGCCUUCAGUAACUAUCCAGAGCCGUCAAUAGUGAUUGUUGAAGAAAUUCAAAAUAUUUGCCCAAAAUCUGAAGCAUCGGACAUAGUCAAACGAAUAUCGAACUUUUUUGUUAAUUUACUGGACAGUUUGCAUAUCAGGCCACAAGGUGCCAGUACGGUUGUAAUUGCUACCACAGACAACCCGGAUAAUCUAAAUCCUGUUAUUCGACGGAGCGGUCGUAUGGAACACGAAUUCGAAAUCCCGGUUCCAAGUGCUGAGGUCCGCGAGCAAAUCCUUCAGAAAAUUUUAACUAAUUACAACCACGUUCUGACCCCAGCGGAAAUCAGAAAGCUUGCCCAAAUUACUCACGGUUACGUUGGAGCAGAUUUGGUCAGUUUGAUAGGGCGAGCAAUGCAUGAAACAAACGAGCCAAUUAGUAACACUCACGUGGUAUCUGCUUUGCAACACGUUAAAGCCAGUGCAAUGCGAGAAAUUAUGAUCGAGUGUCCAAAUGUGAACUGGGCUGAUAUUGGUGGACAAGAUGAUUUGAAACUAAAACUGCGCCAAAUCAUUGAAUGGCCCAUUCACCGACCAGAAAUCUUUACUCGCCUUGGAAUAAAUCCUCCACGAGGUCUUUUGAUGUUCGGGCCACCUGGCUGUUCGAAAACGAUGAUUGCAAAAGCGAUAGCAACCGAAAGCAAAGUAAAUUUUUUAUCAAUUAAAGGUUCGGAACUUUUUUCUAUGUGGGUUGGUGAAUCGGAGCGUGCCGUUAGUGAGUUAUUCCGGAAAGCGCGCCAAGUUGCUCCAGCGAUUAUCUUUUUUGACGAAAUCGAUGCAAUAGGUGGUGAGCGAUCAGCAGAGGCGGGUAGCUCCGUGAACGAGCGUGUGCUGGCACAAAUUUUAACUGAAAUUGAUGGAGUGAGUGCACUGAAAAAUGUUAAGAUUGUUGCAGCUACCAACCGACCAGAUUUGAUUGAUAAAGCAUUAAUGCGACCAGGUAGACUUGAUCGAAUCAUAUACGUUGGUUUGCCGGAUGCUAGGACAAGAGCGGAAAUAUUUCGAAUAAAGCUAGCCAAGAUUGCAAUCACAACUGAUGUAAAUUUACAAGUGCUUGUAGAUAAGACCGAUGGUUAUUGUGGCUCGGAGAUCGAAGCGAUAUGUCAAGAGGCUGUACUAAGCGCACUGGAAGACUCGUUUGAAACAUACGAGAUAUCACAGAAAUACUUCGACAAGGCACUGCUUGCAGUAAAACCUCGCACAAGCCCGGAAUUGUUGCAACUAUAUGAUACUUACUUAAAACAACAUACAUAGUAUUGAUCACUUGCAACAUACAUAAAAAUAAAACAUUAAUAUGUAUAUUGCAGUCGAACGAAUCCUAAAGAGAAUAUCCUAAGAGGCCAUCCGCCUGGUAAAUAAUGUAUCCGCCGGUCUAAGUGUGGGUUGGAAAAAAUCGUACACAGUUUAGUAUUAAAAUGGAAACUGCGGAGCGCCCGCGGUUUUUUGUGAAUUUUACUAACACUCGUUGCUGUCGACUGCCAAUAACCAGCAGGUA